AAUUGUAUAUUGGAAAUAGAAAAAGAAAACGAAAGAUAGCGAGUGGGGUUGGGUCAAAUUUCUUCUUCUCGUGUUUGGUAAAAAACUCUCUUCUCUUGCACGUAAUUCCUUACUCGAUUCACCCUCCACCUCCAGCCUCCACUCUCUCCGUUCGGAUCUGCUGACAGGUAAAAUGGCUGCAAUUGCUGUUCACCAGUUGGCUCCGUGCAUCACUUGCCAUGCUUGGAGUCCCGACUUCUCCAUGAUUGCAUUUUGCCCAAACAAUAAUGAAGUUCACAUUUAUAAAUUUGUUGAAGAGAGGUGGGAGAAGAAACAUGUUCUUCAAAAACAUGACCAAAUUGUUUCUGGUAUAGAUUGGAGUGCAAGGUCAAACAGAUUAGUAACUGUAUCUCAUGAUCGGAAUUCAUAUGUUUGGAACCAAGAAGGAGAGGAAUGGGUGCCAACCUUAGUUAUUCUAAGGCUUAAUCGAGCAGCACUUUGUGUUCAGUGGAGUCCAAGAGAAAACAAGUUUUCUGUUGGAAGUGGUGCUAAAACUGUUUGCAUUUGCUACUACGAACAAGACAAUAACUGGUGGGUCAGUAAACUUAUCAGGAAAAGGCACGAAUCUUCUGUGACGUGUGUUGCUUGGCAUCCUAAUAAUAUUCUACUUGCUACAACAUCUACAGAUGGUAAGUGUAGAGUAUUUUCCACCUUCAUAAAAGGUGUUGACCCUAGAGAUCCAGGAGCAGGCUCCGCAUCAGAUUCGAAAUUUGGAGAGCAAAUCAUUCAGCUUGAUCUCUCAUUUUGUUGGGCAUUUGGUGUUAAAUGGUCCCCUAGUGGCAAUACCCUAGCUUAUGUAGGUCAUAAUUCAACAAUCUACUUCGUUGAUGAAGUUGGUCCUGCUCCUUCAGCUCAAACUGUGGCAUUUCGUAAUUUGCCUCUUCGUGAUGUCCUAUUUGUUUCUGAGAGAAUGGUCAUUGGUGUGGGCUUUGAUUGCAGUCCAAUGGUCUUUGCAGCAGAUGAAAGUGGAUUAUGGAGCUUCCAUAGGUUCCUUGGUGAAAGGAAAGCAUCACCUUCAGGUGCAAAAUAUGGUUCACAGUUCUCUGAAGCAUUUGGGAAAUUUUAUGGCCAAUCAAAACAUGGAAUCAACAAUGAUAUGGUUGGGCAAUCAAGACCACGUGGAAGUGUUCACGAGAACUGUAUCAACUGUAUCUUGCCUGUUAAGAGAAAUGGGAAGUCUACGAUCACGAGCUUCAGCACUUCAGGUCUAGAUGGAAAAGUUGUUGUAUGGGAUCUGGAGAACCAAGACGAUUUAUCCGAGUAUCUGUAAGGAGCAUCUACCAAGCUCAUCAAGGUUUGGGAACAUGUCAUCUGGAAGCGUUGCUGCGCUAUCGACCUGCCAGUCCCCAAAGUGUAUUCCUUGGUGCACGUAUGUCUGUUUGCUGAUGGUUUUGUAGCCUAUUAAUGAUGAUGCCACGAAUUCCAAAGCUUUUGUCCGGCUGUAUAUUUCACUACUAAACUGAUGGAGUAGAAUGUGUUACUUGCUUUAACUUGUUGUACCUCUUGAAAGAAAUUGCCAUUCGGCCUCUCCAAUACAAUGCCAUUUAGCUUUGCUAUCUA